GACGACGAGAGCAAGCACGGGUACGACCACACGCAGCAGCACGAGUGCAACAUCCGUCAUGGCAACGAGCACGAGCACGAGUGCAAGUGCAACCACCCGGUCAAGUACCACCGCAACCAUUGCCACAGUGUCGUCGACGACGAGUGCGAGCACGAGUACGACCACCCGUAGCAGCAUUAGUGCGACAUCAGGUUCGGUUACGACCACGAUACGUGUGCAAGUGCAACCACCCUUACAAGCACCACCGCGACUUCCGUCACGACGUCGAUAACGAGUGCAAGCACGGGUACGACCACACGCAGCAGCACCUCUGCGAUUUCUGUCACGACCACGGCCACGAGUACAAGUGCAAGUGCAACCACCCGUACGAGCACCACCGCGACCUCGGUCACGACGUCGACGACGAGUGCAAGCACGGGUACGACCACCCGCAGCAGCACCUUUUCGACAUCCGUCACGGCUACGGCCACGAGUACAAGCGCAUGGACAAUUUCCAGUGCAACCAACUCCGCGACCUUUCCGUCAAUAACAGCGACGACGAGUGCAAGCACGGAUACGACCACACGCAGCAGCACGAGUUCGACAUCUGUCUCCGUUACGACCAAAAGCACGAGUGCAAGUUCAAUCACCCGUACAAGUACCACCGCGACCAUCACCACAAU